AUGCCUCCAUGGACUCAUGACUCCAAUGCUGAGAGCAGCAACCUGUCUGAUGGACCAAAUGAAUCAAGGGCCCCCACUGCACUGCAGAAGCAGAUUCUGAUCAGUGCAGAGACCCCUUCGCCAUAUGACUCCAAUGAUGAUGAUAACAUUGGAGACAAGACAUGCUACCACAUUGACACCAUCUUGAACCUAAACCCAGAAAUGCUCAAAGGCAUGCUCAUCAAGCUCACCAAAUGCAACAAAGCAAAAGACUCUGAUAUAUACAAGAAACUGUCCUGCUGCUCUGAUUUCCAUCAAAGGCUCUCACACACCCACGAUGCACUCAAGGAGGCACCCAAGCUAACAACCAAGAAUUGGUACACUUGGAAUCCUCAUUUCAGAGGGAUCCUGUCUAACUGUCCAGCAGCUAUGAAGCACCUUGAUGGUGUCAUGGCCCCUGGGGACAAAAGGUAUGAUCAUGCUCUUGAUGGCAAGCUAUGCACCAUCCUUCAAAGUAGUGCCCUGUGUCAGGGGUCUCGCACCUGA